AUGGAAAAUUCAAGUUUUUCUCCAAACAAUGUCAAUGAACCAUUAGGGAGUGAAGAUAAAUCUCAUGUGAGUUUGAAUUCUAAUGUUAAAUGGAAUGAUAACAUUGAGCGUGAACUAACUAAAGAAGACAUAAUUCCAUAUGUGGGUAUGAAGUUUGAUACGGAAGAUCAUGCAUAUAGAUUUUAUAAUGUAUAUGUUGGCUUUGCUGGUUUUAGCAUUAGAAAAGAUUGGAGAAACAAAAGCAAAUUAGAUAAUGAGACAGUGAUGUCUCGAAAGUUUGCGUGUUUUAAAGAAGGCUUUAAGAAGAUCAAAGAUUAUGAUGAUAAAGUGUCUCGUAAAGAUAUCAGAACCGGAUGUUUAGCACAUGUUGUCAUCAGUCGGGAAUUGAGUGGAAAAUAUGUUGUUACAUCUUUUGUAAAAGACCAUAAUCAUGAGCUUGCAUCCCCUAGAAGUAAGCAUAAAUUACCAUCACAAAGGAGGGUUUCUGCCGCUCAAGCAGCUGAGGUAGAAAUGGCAAACCGAUCUGGUAUACGACAAAAAUUGAUUUUUGAGUUUAUAAGUCAACACGUUGGAGGGAGGGAGAAUGUUGGCUGCACUUCUAAAGAUAUUAGCAAUCAUUUAACCGCGAAGAGGAUGAAGGAAAUGAAGGAAGGUGAAGCAUAUACUCUACUUCAUUAUUUUAAAUCAAAGCAAACUGAGAAUCAAUCAUUCUUUUAUGAUAUUCAACUCGAUGUUGAUAAGCAAAUAACAAACAUUUUCUGGGCAGAUGCUAAAAUGGUUUUGGAUUAUGUUUAUUUUGGAGAUGUAGUGUGUUUUUAUACGACAUACCGCACUAAUAAGAAUUUACGACCAUUUGCUCCUUUCAUUGGAUUCAACCAUCAUAAAGAAAGUGUGUUAUUUGGUGCAGCACUGUUAUAUGAUGAAACUGCUGCAUCAUUUGAAUGGUUGUUCAAGACUUUUCUUAAGGCAAUGUGUGGAAAAAAGCCGAAGACAAUUUUCACAGAUCAAGAUCCUGCCAUGGCAAAAGCAAUUUCAGAGGUUUUUCCUUAA